ACAAUCUCACUCCACCUACAACGUAGCAAUGAUACGAUUGGAGAGGCGCGAUGAAAGUUUUAUUAGCAUUUAAUUGUUGCAUUAUUAAAGGCGGGUGAUUACAAAAAUAACAACAACAAACUAACGCCAAAAUAAACAAGUUAAACUCCCACUGGGUCUAUGUGGAGGAGAUAAGCCAAUUUGGUGAUUGGGGACUGACAACAAAUACACCCCAGAAAUAUGACAUCGGAAUUUUCAAGGGGUCAGUUUCUAUUGGAAAUUUGAGAGCAGAGGAUGUAUUAGAAAUUAUUUGAAACAAAAAUCAUGAAAUUUGAAAUUGUAAUUAGUGCCCUAAUUUUAAUUUUGCAACCUCUAUUGGGGUCUGGCACAGAAAAUCCCGUGGUAAAAAUAAAUAAUAAAGAUUUCAAGGGAACCAUAAAGGGUGUUGAGAAACGAAACUUGUCGAAUCAAACAUUUGCGGCAUUUUUGGGGAUACCCUAUGCCAAGGCCCCACUGGGUCCACUGAGAUUCCGGGAUCCUCAAAGGCCGGAUCGUUUUGAGGGUACCUACGAAGCUAUACACGAAGGUUUUGAAUGUCAUUCGAUAACUGCCACCAAUGCUUCGGAAGAUUGCUUGAACUUGAAUGUCUACACGAGAAAUCUCCAGCCACACCAACCCCUGCCCGUUGUGAUUAUGAUCCAUCCGGGUGGUUUAUAUUUGGGCAGCUCGAAAUGGUUGGAGCCCACAUACCUCAUGGAAAAGGACCUGGUUUUGGUGACAUUCAAUUAUCGUCUGGGCACACUAGGAUUUUUGAAUCUAGGCUCUCAGCUAAUUCCUGGCAAUGCUGGUUUCAAGGAUCAAGUUCUGGCCCUGCAAUGGGUGCAACGUAACAUCAGGAAUUUUGGUGGUAAUCCCCAGGAUGUAACCCUAAUGGGUUACAGUGCCGGGGGUCUGAGUGUGUCCUUGCAUUUGGUCUCUCCCAUGUCAAAAGGACUCUUCCACAAGGCCAUCAUGAUGAGUGGUUCCCUGCCACCCCAGGUGGUCAUGCCAAAGGGGCAUCAGAGAUAUUUGGCCAUAAGGCAGGCCAAGAGAUUGAAAUGUCCUGGAUUUGAGGAGUUGGAGGAAAUUCAAUGGAGUCCUCAGGAGCCAAAUAAAAUUCCAGACUACCAGGACAUCAAGGAUGAGGAUAUCUUAAUGUGCCUCUCCAAUUACUCGGGCAAGGACAUUGCAGCCAAGUUAAGGCAAAUGUUUGAUUUUGGCAAGGAUAAUCCCAUUUAUUUGUGGCUACCGGUGGAGGAAAAGGAUAUGGGUCAUGGGAGAUUUUUGGAGAAGGAUUUCUAUGAAACCUUAGCUGAGAUGGAGGACCUGAACAUUCCCCUUUUGAUUGGCUAUACAAAUGGCGAGUUUUGCUCCUCAGCCAAGGAUAUUUUGAGCGAUGAGAAAUUAAAGGCGGAGCUGGAGGCAAAUUUCUUUGGCUUGGCCUCCCGAAUAUUUGGUUAUGAAAAUUGGCCCCGCCACAAGGAAAUAAGCCAAAGGAUCAGGGAGCAUUAUUUUAAUGGCUCUUCGUCGUUCUCCACAGAAGAUUUUGACGGGCUGUGUGAUUUAUUUUCGGAUUCGUUGAUACGCUUUGGGGCCCAUCGCACUGCCCAGGUGGCCAGCGAAAAGGGCGCGGAUGUGUAUUUCUAUGAGUUUCGCUACCAAGAAAAAUCGGGUGGGGUCGAUAAGGAUUUCCCAAAGAAAAAGGAUCGCGUGGAACACAUGCAGGACUUGCAGUAUCUUUUCAAUUGGUCGCACAGGCCCCAGGGAAAUUUGUCCAAGGAGGAGUUGGCUAUUAUUGGACUCUAUACGGACUUUGUUUUCGAUUUCGUUAAAAAUGGAAAACUCUCUCACAAAACUGCCAAGACUUAUCCGUCAGGCUAUGCCGUUCUGGACAAGGAAUUGGAAUUUAAAGAGGGCAUUAAUUUUGAAAAUUUGCCAUUUUGGUUGGAGUUAUUUAAAGGCGAGAAAUAAAGAAUAAUAUAAUUUUAUUUAUUUUAAUUUUUAAAAAAUCCACGUUUGCGGAUUCUUUGAAAA